AUGGCGAACCUCUUGAACAGGAGGAUAUUCCUGCUCGAAUGUAAAAGACUGGGAUUAACACCUAAUCAUAUUGGAGCAGGAGUCAGGAAUGUUCUGAAUUUGCUUGAAUUUCACACAGGAAGUAGAUUCAAUAGAAAGAUUAGUGGAUUUAACAAAAACUUAGUUAAUAGAUUACUUUCCUUGGAGAUUGAACACACUCACUUAAAGAUUUCACACAUUAGCAAAUACAAUGGCACCAUAAAAAGAGAGUUGAGGCAGACAAUACCAACAGAGAUACAUAAAGAAUUUUUCAGACGCCAGCAGGUUACAUACAACAAAAUAUUUCAUAAAGUGAAAAUUACACACCUCAGAAAAAUUAAAGCACUACAGAGAAGAAUACAUAAAGCAGACUAUAAAGUUCUAGAGAAAUGGUUCAAGAAUUUGUCCCAGACAGCAGUACCUGAAGAGGUUAGAAUAGUCCUUGGUUUGGGUUCCAAAUUUAGCGUCCCUUUAGACCACAAAGAAAUAAACAUCAAAGACCUAAUAGCAGACGUUGAGAGCCUUUUAGACUUGGUGGAGGGAGAUAGAAGAGACACUUUGAGAGCUAAGAUAGCGAGCAUUAUAACCGGUCAUCUACAUAAAAAUAAAAAUAAUACUCGUGCGACAGACAACAUAGGAAGGCUAUAUAAAACAACUAAAUACUUUUUGAGAACUAAUGACCACCUAGUAGUUCUCGACAGUGACAAAGGUUCGGUGACUGUUCUUAUGAAUAGGGCGGAUUAUCUUCAGAAAAUGUACUCAAUUGUUGACACUGAUGAUUUCAAAAAGAUUUCUAGAGACCCAACAACUACUAUCCAGAAUAAAACCAACAAAAUCAUAUCCACACUUGUAGAUCAAAAUAUACUAAGUAAAGAAGCUGCAAAAUCAAUGAAGUCAUAUAAUUCAGUGAGCCCUAGAAUGUACGGAAAUCCCAAAGUACAUAAAGAAAAUGUCCCAAUGCGACCAAUCGUGUCUGAUGUACAGGGUCCCACAUGCAAACUUUCAAAUUAUAUUGCACAAAUCCUAACAGAAGCCUAUGACCAGGAUAAUGCAUAUUAUGUAAAAGAUUCGGUCGACUUUUCCUGCAAAAUUAACAAUUUUGAAUUACCCCCAGAUCAUGUGGUGAUAUCACUUGACGUAAUCAACCUAUUUGGCAACAUAUCAAAAGAGUUGGUACUGAAAGCAAUAGAAUUCCAUUGGGACAAGAUUGAGGCAUGCUGCAACAUAUCAAAAGAAUACUUCAAGGAGAUAAUCACCUUCCUCCUGGAAUCAGGUUACUUCAUGUUCGAUGGCAGUUUCUAUUUGCAGAUGUUUGGGUGCAUUAUGGGAUCCAGACUUCCAGAUCUUGUCAUUAUAUGUGAUGGACUAUGUACUCAACUCCUGUAUACCUAG